GAGGGGACAUCCUGUCCCCCCUCCUUGUCCCCUGCGGGUGUUAUCAGUGGGGACACAGCUGGGGACACAGCUGGGGACAUUGGGGACACAGCUGGGGACAUUGGGGACACAGCUGGGGACUUUGGGGACAAUGUACGGGAACGUCGAGACCGCGCUGGACAAAGCCUGGGGACCCAAGGAUGGCUGUCCCCACCCCCCCCCCGACGAGGAUCCCUACGAGCCCCUGGACCCCUCCCCCACCCUGGGGACCCCCCCCCAGGCUCGCCCCUCCCCCCCCAGGGUGGCCCUGGUGGCCCUGGUGGCCCUGGUGGCGCUGACGGUGACGCUGCUGCUGCUGCUGGGGACACUCGGGGCACGGCGCAUCUCGGCCCUGGAGGCCGCCCUGGAGGCCGAGAAGGCGAAGGAGCCGCCAGCGCCCACAGCGUCCGGCUCCUUCCUGCUCUACAACCGCCACCACUCCGGCUGCGUGGAGGCCUCGGGCCCGUGGCUGACCGUGUCCCCCUGCGUCCCCUCCUCGCCGGCCCAGCGCUUCCAGUGGCUCCCGGGCGGCCGCCUGCGCCAUUCGGCCACGGGACUCUGCGCGGUGGCCGCCGCCGAGUCCCCGAACGCCCUGGUGGGGCUGAGGCCGUGCCGGGACGAUUCGAGGCUGCAGCGUUGGGAGUGCGGCCCCGGGGAGCUGCUGGCCCUGGCCGGCACCGAGCUCCACUUCAACUUCGGCCACGAGCGCCGGCGCCGCGUGCUUCUCUUCCCGGGCCGCGGCGACUGGAGCCGCUGGAGGCUGCACGGCAGCUCCGAGCCCGUGUGCGCCGGGGCCCAUCUCCCCCCCUGCUCCAAGGGCUGGGUCUUUUUCCGGAAUUCCUGUUAUUUCUUCUCCAAACUCGCCGCUUCCUGGGACAAUUCCCAAAUUUUCUGCUCAUCUUUGGAGUCGCAGCUGCUCGAGGUCGACGAUGCCGAGGAAAAGAGCUACGUGCAGGCCCAGCUCCAGGGCCCGUCGUGGCUGGGGAUCCGGGACGGGGAUCGGGAGGGGACCUGGAUCCGCAGGGACGGCACCGCCCUGACCCCAAACACCAGUUGGUGGCACCGGGACGAGCCCAACGGGGGAUCCCUGGAAAACUGCGCGGCCACGAGGCCGGACGGGCUCUGGGCCGAUUAUCCCUGCGAGAACGCCCUGCCCUGGGUCUGCGAGGGACCCUCCUGAGCCCAAAAUCUGGGAAUUCACCCCAAAAUCUGGGAAUUGGGGGAAAUAAAAUCACAAUAAAUGUGUGUGUACUGGGAUUGAA